AUGUACUCUUUACUCAUCGCUUUUUGUUAUAGUAAGAUUUAUCUCUUACUUAUUUUUACUCGGUGUCUCUUUCAAAAGAUUUUUUCGCAUUUUUUUGUUUCUUUCUUUCUCCCUUUCUUUCUUUCUUUCUUUCUUUCUUUCUUUCUUUCUUUUGUGUUUGCCUUUUCAGUUUGUGUCGUUUUCAAAAGAUUUUCUUCUAUUUUUCUUCCUUUCUUUCUUUCAUUCAAUCUUUCUUUCUUUCCUUCUUUGGUAUUUCUCUUUCCAUUUGGAAUAUCUUUCAAAUUUUCCUCUUUCUUUUUUCUUUGUUAUUUUUCUUUCUUUCUUUUCAUUCAAUGUAACUUUCAAUGUAACGUUCUCUUUCCCUUUCCUUCCAUUUUUCUUACUUUCUUUCUUUCUUUCUUUCUUUCUUUCUUUGGUGCUUAUUUUCAGGAUCAUUCAAAAGGCUUUCUUUCAUUUGCUUUCUCCUUUGCUAUCUUUCUUUCUUUCUCUCUCUCUUUCUUUCUUUCUUUCUUUCUUUCUUUCUUUCUUUCUUUCUUUCUUUCUUUCUUUCUUUCUUUCUUUCUUUUUCUUUCUUUCUUUCCCCUUAUUUUACAGUGA